AUGUCAAGAAACAACACACUGGAACAUUUUGUACUGGAACACGGAAUACUCUACACAGGAAACUACACACUAGCAGAAUUUAAAAUUAUCACCAACGAAUAUGCCUUCACCCACAAACUUAGCCACUCUAUGGAAUUUCUUUUCGUUUUUCUCUUCUCCACCAUAGUGUUGUUCGGAUUCUGUGGUAACGCUUUGCUCGUGUACGUUAUCAUUUCAAAGUCAAAAUUAAAAUCCAGUCGCUGCAAGUUUGUCUUCAAUCUGGCAAUUUCCGACAUUCUAACGUGUAUUCUUUGCAUUCCUUUCACCGCUGUUCGUCUUCUGUUGAAUCAAUGGUAUCUUGGAGAAAUGAUUUGUAAACUGGUUCCCGUCAUUCAGGCACUGUAUAUUUUUGUGUCCUCUCUAACUGUUGUCACCAUUGCCAUCGACAGGUACCAGUCAAUCGUCAACUGGCCGAAGGUUAUGCACAAGUCCAACAUGAAAUAUGUUUUUCUAAUGAUCUGGAUGUUUGCCUUGGCCUUGGCUCUACCUAUGUUUGUUUUCCACCAAGUGGAGACGGUAAAUGUAGUUCCGGAACUACUUUCCGUGUCUGUCUGUGUGGAGAAGUGGAACUCAUACCUGUCACGUGGUAUUUACACUUUGGUGGUUUUCUUGUUCCACUUUGCACUUCCGAUAGUGACGAUAUCUAUGCUUCAUUUUCUGAUUUGUAAAUUUAUUGGAUCCCAUUUUGGAUCUAAGCUUCACAGUGGGUCCAAUAGAGGACACAGAUACCUGAUUAGGCAAAGAAAGAAUGUCUUACUUUUGACCGCCAUUGCCGUGUCCUUUGCUUUUACGUGGCUUCCUUGGACUUGUAUCAAUCUGAUAGCAGACUUUAGCUCCGAACACCUCCGCUCUGUUAACAUUAACCUGAUAAGCGCUACUUGCCACGUCUUGGCCAUGAGUUCCGUUUGUGUCAAUCCUAUCGUAUAUGGAUGGUUCAACUCGAUAUUCAGACAGGAAAUUGAGUUAGUGUUUCGAAAAAUCUGUUUUGGACGGAGCCAAAGAAACGAUCAACUGACAACCGCGGAUAAGAACUCUUUUUUUCUGUACCACAAAAAUACAACUAUGUCCUAUGUGAGACAUGAAUAAGUCGGAGGAACACAAGAUCCGGCGGUUAAAAUUGUGUUUGUUAUAAAUGAUAUACACGAAUGUAUGAAUAUAUUAUACUUGUUUUUGUACUGUUAAUGGUUUGUAAAUGACAAAACGUCAAAAUAAAUGUCAUAAAGUGAA